AUGAAUCGCGGUGACGGGCUGGUGCAGCGGCGACGCGUGGUGAACAGCGGCGGCAGCGGCGCCGGCGGCGGCGGCGGCGGCGGCAGCGGCCACGGCCAGGAUGGCUCGAACGCCGAUCUCGGCGGCCACAACGACAAGCUGUCCGGGCAGAGCCCGGACACGGACUGCCUGUCCCAGAAGGAUCUCAACUGCAAUCCCACCGUCGACGACGACUCCGACAAGGAGACGCGUCUGACACUCAUGGAGGAGGUCCUGCUGCUCGGUCUCAAGGAUAAAGAGGGAUACACGUCCUUCUGGAACGAUUGCAUAAGUUCCGGAUUAAGGGGAUGUAUCUUGGCGGAGCUCGCCUUUCGGGGUAGGGUCGAGCUGGAGAAAGCCGGCAUGCGUAAGAAGAGCCUGCUGGCCAGAAAGCUCCUGUUGAAGAACGACGCGCCUACGGGAGACGUACUGCUGGACGAAGCUUUGAAACACUUAAAGGACACAGACCCGCCGGAGACUGUGCAGAGUUGGAUAGAAUAUCUCAGUGGAGAAACGUGGAACCCAUUGAAAUUAAGGUAUCAGUUGAAAAACGUCAGAGAACGGCUGGCGAAAAAUCUUGUCGAGAAGGGUGUCUUAACCACGGAGAAACAAAAUUUCUUACUGUUUGAUAUGACGACUCAUCCUCUUACCGACAACCUCGCCAAAAGUCGUCUUGUGAAAAAGAUCCAAGAAGCUGUAUUAGGCCGUUGGGUGAAUGAUGCCGCUCGCAUGGAUAGACGAACGUUGGCAUUAGUUAUUUUAGCACACGCAGCUGAUGUAUUAGAAAAUGCAUUUGCGCCAUUGUCGGACGACGAUUAUGAAGUAGCGAUGCGAAGAGUACGGACAUUAUUAGACCUCGAUUUCGAGGCGGAAGCCGCUAAACGUAACGCGAACCCGGUACUCUGGGCUGUAUUUGCUGCAUUCACCAAGUAACAGUUACUAACUCUUAAAUUUCGUGGACGCGGAAUAGUUUUCUACUAUUAAAUUCUAUUAUUAUGUAUUGUAUAAUACUAUUAUUCUUAUACUAAUGUGAAUAAUGAACUUAAUGAUUUUGCAUGUCUUUUAGUUGCGACAAUUACGUGAAAUAGAUAAAAAAAAAUCUUGUUACAUGAUUCAGACCAAAUUAUCCGUAUUUGACUACAUAGAAAACUUUUAAAAGAAAAUUUUAUUCAUUUCCGUUAUUAUUAUUUAAUACAUAUUUGAUAGCCGAUAAUGAAUAUUUAAAUAUUAUAAAAUAAUGAGCGUGAAUGUAUGCCUCGUGCUGGACUAGUACUACUUCAUUUGGGAAAGAACGAUUACAUUGCAUUGAACUUCCGUCUUUCUUGCUUGUCCGUUGUGUUUACGAAUGUAUUAUGUUUCAUAAACGAUAUAAGACACAGGACACUAUGCGGGGUGCCUCAAAAUGGAUACUGUGGCAGUGUUGAAGGAAUCUAGAUUAUAUAUAUGUUUUUAGCCAUAAUUUUGUGAAAUAUACAAGUAUGUACAUAUAUUCCUUUAAAUCCUAAUUUUUAAUACAUAGUAUAUACAUGUGCCUCCUUUACGUCAUAGAGAAUUUUCGCGCUAUAUCCGCGAGUCAUUAAGAUUAAAUCGCGUUCCUUUAAAUACUUUUAAGUUCAAUCAAUCUGUACACGUGCAUUUUAAAUCUUUCGUCCAGAAAAGAAUUUUAGACACAUUUUUUAAAUCGUUAAUUUCAUUCAUUAUGUAGAUAAUAUUAAUAGAUAUUAUAAUUUUACGCGAUGGCUAACUUCGUGCGACGUUUCGCAAAGUGCCACAUUUCUGGUUAUCAUUUAACUGUUAUAAAUUUUGUAUGAAAUUCUCUGCACAACUACUUCUAUAUAAAUGUUCACUUUUCAUACAGAUUCGUUAUAUUGUUACAAUGUCUUCUGGUAUAUACAUACAUAUAAACAGAUUGUACUGAUUACCAUGUGGCAAUGAACUGCUCAGAUUUGUAAAAUGGAAUGAUGAUGAACUAUUUAUUAUCGGUUACCGACAUUUUUAUAUGUUAUUCAAAAUUUUCUUAGAUAAGUGAUAACUUCAUUGUAAUUUGAUAGUUGAACAUAUAGAUUAGUUCAUGUAUAGUAUUACAAGCUGCUUGUUCUGAGACUAUUAAAUAUAACAACAAAAUCAACUUUUGGUAGUUGGAAUUUGUUAAUAUCCUUUGUGAAAUAAUUGAGAUAUUAAUUGGCCCAAAAGUAUGGGGCCAAACUUUCUUAUUUUUACAUUAAAACAUUUAUUUUUUUAUCUAUUUUUAUUUUUUGAUGAUUUAAAAGAAUAUGUGUCUGGAACAUUUUUUUAAAUAUUUAUAAGAAUAAAUAUGAAGUGCAAUACUCUACGCCAAGCAUAUUUUGAAGGCGUUAUCUGAGGCAUUAUUUUAGCCUUGUUUUCAAACAUAAUUUUGUAAAUAAUAUGUUUGGUAUUAUAAAAAUAAUUUUUUAGAGUUUGUCAGUAAAUUUUAAUGAUAUAAUCUGCUAUUGAAUAUUAUUGAAUUCUACUCGAUAGAGCAUAUAUUGUAUGUUACAAGAGCAACGUAAAAUGUAUCGCAAAACUUGUAAUUGUCAAAAAAUUAUUGUAAUAUAAAUUCCAAAAUUUCUGUUUAUUCAUAAUGUUUUCUUGAUUGCUAAUAUAUUAUAUAGAUAUGCAUGCGAAAUGUGUAGAUAUUAAGACCAGAACAUUUGGAAGUAACUGCCAGUCAUAAAAAAGGACAUAUUUAAUAAAAAAAAUUAAAUGUUUUUGCUUCAUUUUCAAUUUUCUUUAUAAAUAAAGUAGGAAAAUAAAUAGUAAUUGCUCAGAUCAGUAGUAAUCAGAUUUAAUUUUUAAUUAAUACUUUUUCAUGUAUUUAAGUUCUUUAUAAUUGGGGCACUUACUUUCCAAAUAAAUCUUGUAGGACGCAUAUUGGAUUGACAUGAUUAGAGAGAUGUUGGAUUACAAUACAAGAGAUAUCAAAUGACUUUUAUAAUUCAUAUUUUAAAUGAUAAUGUUUUAUCUAAUUGUAAGAUCAAAUUUUAACUAAAAUUGAAUUUUUAUGAUUCUAAUAACUAUAACCUAUAAUAAUGAUUAUUUGUGUCACUUAUACUUGCAUAGAAAAGUAAUAUGUAUACGCGAAAAUAAUGCAUACAUAUACAUUCUUUAUAAAUUUUUAUUUAUGGGUAUUAAAAAUUGUCUAUAGAGAAAUUAUCUAAUGUCAUAUUAAUAAAAUACUAUUUCAUCUGAAAGCUUGCUGGACAAGCAUAUAUCAGCACAUAUAAAUCAAGUACUUGAUGAUAAUAAUAGUUAAAUUAUAGUGCAUUUAAGUUAUUUGCUAAAAUGUAUUAUAAUAAUUAUUACUUCUUUUAUUGUAAUAGUGAUUAUAAUUAUUAUUACAAUUAUUGCUCAUAUUAUUGUAGUCUUUAUAGCAUAUUCAUAAUUAAAACGAAUUUACUCAAAGUUUUGUGAAUGCUAAUAUACAUUAAUUUUUAUUACAUUUAAUCUUAAAAUCAGUUGAUAAAGCUUUAUUGCCACUUGGUAAAAUCUGUCUCUUUUACGAUGCUUUGAUAUGAAAAAUCGAGUACGAUUAAACGAGUUCUACUUAAUUACGGAUCGGAAUAUACAAUGUUUUAUAUUAUAUAAUGAUGGUAAAAUAAAUAUUUGCAACUGAUGCUAUGUGCGAGAUUCUAAAUCUCUUUCGAAAUCUGUCAUUUACAAUUAUGUAAACAUGGCAUUAUUCCCAGUUGAAGUUUCACAAUGAAGAACAUAUCUUUAUAUGAAUAUUUGUUAUAGAAACUUAAGAAUCAAAAAUUUUAACGAGUGCUGGAAAAUGUCCAGAUAUAUCAAUUUAAAAGAUUGGCCUAUAAUAAUUAUUGUGCGGUUACAUGGACACUAAAUCAGAUCAUACUUGUUGAAAUUGUAUUUCUUAUAUUUUGCAAUUUAAAAUUUUAUUUAUAAUUUAUUGCGAUAAAUUUAUUAUACUUGAAGUAUACAAAGAGCGUCGAAUUAAUGUCAAAUCAGUUAAAUCAAAACAUAGAAAUUUAAUUUUACACAUUUGAAUAUUCUGUAUAAAUAUAGUAUUAUAUCCAUACAGACUUGCUUUAUAAUUUUAUGUGCACACACGUAUGUAAUAUACCGUCGAUUGAAAUUGAAUAAACAAGAAAUAAUCAAUAUUUAUUACUUUUUAUUAAAUUUCUUUUUUGACUUAUAUAUGUAAUAUGUUAAUUAAAUAGAGAAUAGUAUAGUGUUAUCAUUGAUAUGAAGAGUAAGCUUGAGCAGCGUUUUGAAUUGUAUAAGAAUUGAUAUAUAAGAGCGUGUCAUAACUUAUUAAAUAAGCAAUCAACAAUAAAGAAUAGUUAUAACUUUAAACAAUC